AUGGGCCUGGAGCUCUACAUGGACUUGCUGUCAGCACCGUGCCGCGCUGUCUACAUCUUUGCCAAGAAGAAUGGCAUCACCUUUGACUUCCAAUUUGUGAAUCUACUCAAAGGUCACCACCAUAGCAAGGAAUACAUCGAAAUCAACCCCCUAAGGAAGGUUCCCAGCCUCAGAGAUGGCAAGUUCAUCUUAUCUGAAAGUGUGGCCAUCCUCUUCUACCUGUGCCGCAAGUACAGUGCGCCUUCCCACUGGUACCCGCCAGACCUGCACAUGCGCGCUCGUGUGGAUGAGUUCAUGGCUUGGCAGCAUACAGCUAUUCAGAUGCCCAUGAACAAGAUCCUGUGGAUCAAGCUGCUAAUCCCAAUGAUCACUGGUGAGGAGGUUCCAGCUGAUCAGACAGACAAGGCACUGGAUGAGGUGAAGAAAAGCAUAGAGCAAUUCGAGGAGAAGUUUCUGCAGGACAAGUUGUUCAUCACUGGAGACCACAUCUCAUUGGCUGACUUGGUGGCCCUGGUGGAGAUGAUGCAGCCAAUGGGGAGUAACCACAAUGUCUUCAUCAGCUCCAAGCUUGCUGAGUGGCGAAUGCGGGUGGAGUUAGCCAUUGGUUCUAACCUCUUCUGGGAGGCUCAUGACCGACUGAUGAAAUUACCAAAUUGGGACUGUUCAACGCUGGACCCGGUAGUCAAGAAGAGAAUAAGCGAGUUUCUGCAGAAGUAUAAAUGACC